UGGGACUUCUUCUCCCUCUACAGACUCAUCUACGCCUUCGUCAUCAUUGCCAACCUCAUCGCCCUCGCCCUGACUACCCCUUUUGCUAGCAUCACCAGCUCCGACGCCGCCACGGGCGCUGCUAUUAACCUCUGCAUCGCCGUGCUCGUCCGCAACGAGCAUGUUGUCAAUGCCAUGUACCGUGGCGUAUGCAUGCUCAAGCCGUCAGCAUCUCUCGCGGCUCGCAGAAUAGGGGCCAAGGUCUACUCGUACGGUGGCUUUCACUCUGGAUGUGCCACAGCUGGCAUGCUCUGGUACCUGGCCUUUGCUGUUCUCCUGGGCGUGGAACUCACUGACCCGGGAAAGUCGUCUGCCUUCGCCCUCGCUGUGUUAAUCAGCAUACUUCUCCUUGCCGUCAGCCUUUCUGCGUUUCCUGCCUUUCGUGUCGCCCAUCACAAUGCCUUUGAGGCUAUUCAUCGCUAUGUUGGUUGGACAUGCGUCGGCCUCCUGUGGGCACAGCUCGGUGCCUCCUUUGCUACCUCGGGUCGCCCCUAUCGCGAGUCCGUCAGUCUUCUCCUGGUUGGAAGUCCCUUAUUCUGGUGCUUGAGUAUCAUCACGCUGGCCGUCAUGUAUCCCUGGAGCCGCCUCAGAGAGCGUGAUGUCCUUGUCCAAGUUCUCUCACCACAAGCUGCUCUUCUACACUUUAAUUACAAGCGCAUGGAUGUUUGUCAGGGCAUUCGCAUCACUGAUUCUCCGUUCAAGGAAACUCAUUCUUUUGCUACAAUCUCUGGAGUUGACGACGAACAGGGCUUCAGAGUGCUCAUGUCAAGAGCUGGAGACUGGACAUCCAACUUCAUCGACAACCCUCCUACUCGCAUCUGGGUCAAGGGCGCGCCCAUCUACGGCGUCAUGCGCGUUGCUCUCAUGUUCAAGAAGGUCCUCGUUGUUGCAACUGGCACCGGCAUCGGCCCAUGUCUCUCACUCCUGGAGAGUUGCUCCGAACAUCCGAUGCAUGUGCUCUGGAUGGGCUCCAACCCUAGAAGAUCCUUCGGCGACACUAUCAUCAAUUCGGUCUACACAGCUGACCCCGGUGCAUGCAUCGUCGAUACCUCCAGAGCAGGCAGGGGUGAUAUCCUCAGAUUGGCCUACGCCAGAUACGUUGAGUCUCAAUCAGAAGCAAUUGUCAUCAUUUCCAACGCCAAUGUCACCAGACUGGUUGUUGGCGGCCUUGAAUCGCGUGGCAUUCCGGUGUUUGGUGCCAUCUUCGACUCCUGA